GCAACAGUGCCAAAUUAUUGUUUUGCAUUAAAAAUAGAGAAUCAGGAGCAAAACUAUCGAUAUUCUUGAUGGAUUCGUUAUUGAUACCGAUUUUGGCAGCGCAAGAAGAAAUCGGUUUACUUCGCCAACACCGGAGAAACCUCCGUUUAUCAUCCGAUCCGAUGGAACUUUCAGAUGAUGCAUUCAUAAAAAGUUUUCGAUUGAAUAAGGAAGCUUUCCGGUACGUUUUGACUGAAAUUCAAGACGAAUUUACUUAUGCUAGAAAAAGCAGUCUAUCCGCAAAGGAGAAGUUGGCAGCGUGUUUCAGAUUUUUUGCUGAAGGAAAUUAUCAGCAUGGAGCGGGACGAGAUUUUCAUGUUUCGAUUGCUCAACCAACAUUUUCAAAAGUACUGGCUGAUAUGCUCGAAAUAUUGGAACGAAAACUUUGCCCAAAGUGGAUAUCCCUGGAAAUGUCUCCAGAAGAACAGUGUCGUGCCAAACUGAAUUUUUAUCGGAAAUCAGGGAUUCCAGGAGUAAUAAUGUGCGUGGAUGGGACACAUAUUCGAAUCAUUCCGCCUGCGCAAGAUCGCAAUUUGUUUUAUAACCGGAAAGGUUUCUACAGCCUUAAUGUUCUUGUUGUAUGUGAUGAUCAACAAAGGAUUCGUUUUGUCGAUCCGAGCUUCCAGGGAUCUAACCACGACUCUCACAUAUGGCGAGUAAGCCCAGCUCGAGCCUAUUUUGAGCAACAACAUCGAAACGGUGAAGUUAAUACAAAGAUUCUAGGUGAUGCGGGCUAUCCAUCAGAACCAUGGCUAGUAACGCCGUUUAGAGCUGCUGAAGAAGGAAGUGUAGAGAGCGACUUCAACCGUAGACAUGCAUUAGGCAGAAAUAUUGUCGAGAGAACUAUUGGUGUUCUCAAGAAUCGCUUUAGGUGUAUCCUGGGCGCCAGGCAGCUCCAUUAUGCCCCAAAGAAAGCUGCGCAAAUUAUAAAUGUCUGUUGUGCGUUGCACAAUAUAUGUUUGGAGUUUGGUUGUUAUCAGUAAUUUUUAUGAAAUAAACCUUGUUGUUCUAUUAUAUAUAAAGUUGAGUAAAACGAUCGUACUUGAG